UGCAUCUCUCUCUCUCUAUAUCUCUAACUUGCACGUAUAGAGCGAUUUUCUUCUCUCUUUCUCUCUCUAUAUCUGUCUCUUUCUCUCUCCAUAAUCCCCUCUGUGCGGAGUGAGAAGAGAUCCACUGCCUUCCAUUAUUGUGGGCAUGUCAUGGAUAUUGUCUCUUAAAAAGAAUAGAAACAACGUGUCUGUUCAACGUUUUAUUCAGAAUUUAGCUUGUAUCCGUAUGCAUAUGAGAUGGGUUCUCGAGGAAGGCCAUUAUUUGAUCUCAAUGAGCCACCUGCAGAGGAUAAUGAUGAGAGGGAUGGUAUUUUUGGCCUCCAGCCCCAAAAGACACACCCAUCAACAAGUACCCAAUCCCAUGCUUCCGACUUAUUUGUAGCAUCCACUACUGUUUCUGCCCAAGGAAUAAUAAAUAAUCAUGCUUUUUCACAUGCCUCAUCUGUCUCUGGAUUUCAACCUUUUGUUCGGUCUAAAUCCACUCCUGCCCCUGAAGCGGAUACUGAAUUGAAGAGAGCUGGACGUCAGGAUACAAAGGCUACCACUAAUUCAAGUAAAGAUGAGGAUGGGAAAGUUAUGGAUUCACGGAUAUUAAGUUCCGCAAAUGCUCAAUUUGUGGAGAGGGAAGAAGGGGAAUGGUCUGAUGAGGAGGGUUUUACUGAUGUCAAUGGAGCUAAUAAUUUGCUACAACGUAGUCAAGCAUCGGAAGAGCAGACGACAUCUGGAAUGGUGGAUGGGAGUGUUGCAGUGGCCUAUGACAGUAAGUCUAGCACUAUUAAGAGUUCUGAUAAUAUAAAUGAUGAAAAGAAUAGCCGUGCUUCUAUAGGUCUAGAAUCAAAUUCUAGUGAACAGAAAAGCAAUAGUAUCCCAAAUUCUGAAAGCAAUAUAAAAAGUGAAGCUUCUAUUGAUGCACAGGAGGAACCCAGUUUAGCUCCCAAGCAAAAAGAAGUCAAAGGUAUUGAAGCAAGUCAUGCACUUAGGUGUGCGAAUAAUCUUGGGAAGAGGAAGAUUGACCAACGUAAAGAGGAAAUGUUGGGAAAGAAACGUAAUAGACAGACCAUGUUUCUUAACCUGGAAGAUGUCAAGCAGGCAGGUCCUAUUAAGACCUCAACUCCUAGAAGGCAGACUUUUGCAUCACCUGUUAUUAGUCGUACUGUGAAGGAAGUUCGUACUGUUCCUCCCCAAGUUGAGCGUGUUGGAAUAGCUAAGGAUCAGAAACUGGUUGACACAUCUUUUGGUGAAGGUGGAACCCAAGCUGAAGCACAUGAACCUAAAUCAGAUUGUAAUGGUGAUAAUUCUGGGCUACUUGGCAGGUCUAGGAGGCUAAACAGUGAGACAGAACCUCCUCCUACAGAGGUCAAUUUACCACCUAUUCCAAGACAGGGUUCAUGGAAACAACCAACAGAUUUGAGGCAGCAGAAGAAUGCACUGAUUCCUAAUAGGAAGUUGGGACAGAGUGGUCAAAGCUCCAAUGAUGUCAAGUUGGGAAACAAGAAACAUCUUUCCAACAAGAAGCAGACUUCUGUCAGCAUCCAGUCCCAGGACUCUUCUGUUGAACGCCUUAUAAGAGAGGUGACCAGUGAAAAGUUUUGGCAUCACCCAGAGGAGACUGAGCUACAAUGUGUUCCUGGACGAUUUGAAUCAUUGGAAGAGUAUGUUAGAGUAUUUGAGCCUUUGCUUUUUGAGGAAUGCCGGGCUCAACUUUACAGUACCUGGGAAGAAUCAACAGAAACAGUGUCAAGGGAUACUCAUAUUAUGGUGCGAGUGAAAGCAAAUGAGUCAAGAGAAAGAGGUUGGUAUGAUGUGAAAGUUCUUCCAGUACAUGAGUUCAAAUGGUCGUUUAAGGAGGGCGAUGUUGCAAUCCUUUCGUCCCCUAGGCCUGGAUCAGUCAGAUCCAAGCAGAACAGUUCAUCCUUAGCUCAGGAGGAUGGGGAAUCUGAAAUCACUGGACGUGUGGUGGGUACAGUUAGGCGACAUAUUCCUAUUGAUACCCGUGAUCCUCCUGGUGCAAUUCUCCAUUACUAUGUUGGGGACUCGUAUGAUCCUAGCAGGGUUGAUGAUGAUCAUAUAGUAAGAAAACUUCAAACUGGAAGCAUCUGGUAUCUCACAGUGCUUGGUUCUCUUGCUACCACACAGAGAGAGUAUAUUGCUCUACAUGCAUUUCGUCGCUUAAAUAUACAGAUGCAAACUGCAAUCCUUCAGCCUAGUCCCGAACACUUCCCUAAAUAUGAGCAACAGACCCCGGCCAUGCCUGAAUGCUUCACGCAGAAUUUUGUUGAGCAUCUGCGUAGGACCUUCAAUGAACCCCAGUUGGCAGCAAUCCAGUGGGCAGCUAUGCAUACAGCUGCUGGUACAAGUAGUGGGACAACAAAAAGGCAAGAUCCUUGGCCUUUUACCCUUGUUCAAGGACCUCCUGGAACUGGAAAGACACAUACGGUAUGGGGAAUGUUGAAUGUCAUUCACCUUGUACAAUAUCAGCACUACUAUACCUCUUUGCUUAAGCAUGUAGCUCCUGAAAGCUACAAGCAAGCUAAUGAGAUCAAUUCAGAGAAUGCCCCCACUGGAUCUAUUGAUGAAGUUCUUCAAAACAUGGACCAGAAUCUCUUGCGAACUUUGCCUAAACUGGUCCCAAAACCUAGAAUGUUAGUUUGUGCUCCUUCUAAUGCUGCCACUGAUGAGCUUCUUGCCCGUGUCCUUGAUCGUGGGUUUAUUGAUGGAGAGAUGAAAGUAUAUAGACCUGAUGUUGCUCGAGUUGGGGUUGAUUCUCAGACACGUGCCGCCCAAGCAGUUUCUGUCGAGCGGAGAACUGAGCAGCUUCUGGUCAAGAGUCGGGAAGAAGUUGUGGGAUGGAUGCACCAGUUAAAGACUCGCGAGGCACAGUUGAAUCAGCAAUUACAUCAUCUUCAUAGGGAACUAAAUGUUGCUGCUGCUGCUGUUCGUUCCCAAGGAUCUGUUGGUGUUGACCCUGACUAUCUCAUGGCCCGAGAUCAGAACCGGGAUGCCUUGCUACAGAACCUUGCAGCUGUGGUUGAAGGAAGGGAUAAGAUUCUGGUUGAGAUGUCUCGACUUGCCCUUUUGGAAAGUAGGUUCCGACCUGGUAGCGGUUUCAAUUUGGAAGAGGCCCGUGCUAAUUUGGAGGCCAGUUUUGCCAAUGAAGCUGAGAUAGUUUUUACUACAGUUUCUAGCAGUGGUCGCAAGUUGUUCUCUCGACUUUCCCAUGGUUUUGAUAUGGUGGUCAUUGACGAGGCAGCCCAAGCCAGUGAGGUGGCAAUUCUGCCUCCCCUCUCUCUUGGUGCAGCACGAUGUGUUCUUGUUGGAGAUCCUCAGCAGCUUCCUGCUACAGUUAUCAGCAAGGCUGCUGGAACAUUGAUGUACAGUAGGAGUCUUUUUGAAAGGUUCCAACAAGCAGGAUGCCCGACGAUGUUGUUGUCUGUGCAGUAUAGAAUGCAUCCCGAAAUUCGGGAUUUUCCUUCUAGAUACUUUUAUCAGGGGCGCCUCACUGAUAGUGAAAGUGUGCUUAAAUUGCCUGAUGAAGCUUACUACAAGGACCCUUUACUUAGACCUUAUAUAUUCUAUGAUAUCAGACAUGGACGGGAGUCUCACAGAGGUGGAUCAGUCUCCUAUCAAAAUAUACAUGAAGCACAAUUUUGUCUCCGAUUAUAUGAGCAUAUUCAGAAAACAUUGAAAUCCUUGGGACUGGGAAAGAUUACUGUUGGCAUAAUUACUCCUUACAAGCUGCAGUUGAAGUGCCUCCAACGUGAGUUUGAGGAGGUCUUAAACUCUGAAGAAGGGAAAGAUUUAUAUAUCAAUACAGUUGAUGCUUUCCAAGGUCAAGAACGGGAUGUCAUUAUAAUGUCUUGUGUGCGUGCAUCCAGUCAUGGGGUUGGCUUUGUUGCAGAUAUACGAAGAAUGAAUGUUGCCCUUACGCGUGCAAGAAGGGCCCUUUGGAUCAUGGGAAAUGCGAAUGCUCUGGUGCAAUCUGAUGAUUGGGCUGCGUUGAUUGGUGAUGCAAAAUCCCGAAAUUGCUAUAUGGAAAUGGACUCUCUUCCUAAGGACUUUCUGGUGUCCAAAGGACCUGUUUACACACCAUUGCCUGGUAAGGUUCCCUCCAAUAUGAGGGGCGUGAGAUCAACUGGACCAAGAUAUAGAUCAAUGGACAAUCAUAUGGAAUCCAGGUUGGGAGUACCACCAUCUGAAGAUGAUGAAAAGAUGGGUGCUCCAGUAAGCUCAAAAAAUGGGAAUCAUCGUCCAUCAAGGUAUUCAAUGGAGAAUUCCUUGGAUGAUUUUGAUAAUGUGGGUGAUAAAUCCAGAGAUGCCUGGCAACAUGGCAUACAGAAGAAGCAGAGCUCAACUGGAACCAUGGGAAAGAGAGACAUUUAGCCAUUGCUGCUUAUCUGCAGAUUCUUCUCGUGCAUCAUCAUCUUGGGGGAAGGAGAUUCAUGGGCUUAUUUUGAUUUCCUCAUUAUGUGAUCUCCAACCAUUGAAAGCUCUCUCGACCAGAAUAAUGGGACCUUCGGGGGAGUGGUAUGAGCCACACAGUAUACACAGACAGCCUUGGAAGAGGGAGCAGAAUGCAAUGUUGAUAAUCCUAUACGACUACAUUCAAGAACAUUGGACAGAUGCUUGUGUUGGUUCUUACAAUUUUGUGCACGUUUUGGGGGAAGACUGCAGACAUUUUAUAUGGAAGUGAAUGGAGACAACAACAUGAACAUGCAUGCUUGAAGGCGGGGGAAUACUCAAUUUUGUAUCAAAAUGAUAAAAGGAAGCUACAUGAUUUUAGGGUUCUAAGUAGGCAGUUUGCUGUCAACUGACUUUGUACAUACAUGGGGGGGUUCACAACAUUGUUUUAGCAAGUUGUUUUGUUUUGUUUCAUUAUUUUGUGACAACAGAAAAAAAGGAAA